AUGGAAUCCCCAGUGGAAGUUUCUCUGGAAGAGCUAUACCGUAGGCUUGUACAGCUAGAUCAGCCUGCACAAUAUCUGGAGGAUCAAAUCAACAUAUACACGAAGAUCAAUGACGAUGAUGGUUGGAAUGUCGGUCCCACCUACCCUGUCGACUACAAGCCCUUUAUUGACGGCUUGAGCGAGUCAAAGCACCAGAUCGACAAACUGCAGCAAUCCCUCCGAGAACAAAUCAAUAACAUCUCUCGCGCAAUGAUCAGAACACUUGGCAUAUUCGACCUACCUGACGAGCUUCUUAUCAACAUAUUCGAGCACGUCAAGGAAAUUGACAGCCAGAUCGUUCAUCCCCAUACGUUGAAGCCAGCUGGCUCUCAGAACAUCAGCAACGUGCGCCUGACCAGUCGCCGUUUCUGUGGUGCUAGCUCUCAUCUUCUCCUGCAGUCUGUCAACGUGUGGGUCACACCAGAUUCAGUGACUCGUCUGCGUGAGAUCUCCCGUCAUACCAGCAUCAGAAUUGGGGUUCAGGAGUUGGUGGUGCGUGGAGCAUACUUUAGCUUAGAGGUCGCCACCAACAUCCACAACUAUGCUCGCAUAAUCUUGGAUGAUCUGGCUAAUGAUCUCGACACCGUAUUCCACUGGGACCUUGAUAUCUUAAGUCAUCUUGAUUCCAGAUCGUCCAAACUAUUAGAGAAAAAGGGCCACCAUAUAAGACACUCACUGGACAAGUUUGUGCGAGACAAUGCAGAGGCAGAGCCAGGUGGACAAUACUCGGAAUUUGUGGAAGCCCUUCGCGAAGCCCAUUCAGAGUACACAGAGAGAUAUCAAGUACAAAAAUGGCUAUUAGAAGAUGGUAUAUUUGUGGAGGGAAUUUCCAAGGUCGUGGCCCGUAUACCCACCAUUCAGCGCAUUACGAUCCACGACAACGAGAGAAAUAUGAAUCUCCCAGUCAAAUAUCGCACGAAAUUUCUGGACCAGCUGGAUACCCCAAGGUUGUUAUUUAGAGCAUGGAACCAGCCAGUCAAUUGGGAAGAAAGGGAAGAUAUACCUAUCGACCUCAUCCACGAGCUGCCAGCAGCCCUAUUCAAGGACGACGUCAUUUCGCUCAACGAGAUGACAGUUGCAAUCAGAAAACCUCCCAGUACCGCCUUGGAUCUGACGCACGCAGAUACUCAACGCUUAGCUUGUGCAUCCAAAGGUCUCAAGCGUCUGAGCAUUCGUGUCAUUCCCCAGCGCGACACGGACUUCAAACCAUGGCACUCCGAAGAACUGCUUGCAUUUCAGCUAUACCUCACAGCACUACUCAGCGGACACAAUCUAGAAACCCUGUUUCUCAACAUGGGUAACACCUCACUGUUUGACGUUGACAACAUCCACAGCAACGAGAUCAGUAUGGGACACCCCCUUACUUGUCAGUCAUGGCCAGCAUUACAGUCCGCGAAACUAGUCAACUGCACUUUUCAUUUCACCGAGCUGAAGUCUUUUCUCAGCAAAACAAGUGGCGGACUCGUCAUCGAGUUGGAGAACUGCAGACUGUUGAGCGGAACCUGGUUGGACACGCUCGACCUCCUGCGUGCGAAGUCAAGCUGUGUGCUAGUGAAGCAUGUAGAGGGAGGGGAAAUCGAUGAGAUACCCUGGGGAGAACUGACGGCGAUCUUCUAUGAUCGGUAUGGGUUUCCCGAAAACCUAGCGACUCAAUACGUCAAAGGGCUGAUGGAGACAAAUCCUUUGACAGAUCUGGACGACCGAGAAUAA